ACCGCCAUGUUUCGCUGUCGUCGUAUGACACCAAGAUAUUUUAGCCUUCGAAAAACCGCUUUAUCCUCACAUAGAACUCCAAAUCACUGCUGUGGCAUUAGAAGAGAUGCUGCUUCAUCCAAUGCAACAGCUGAUUCGAUUUAUUUAGCUCCUAUUCGGAGUUUUUCAAGGUAUCUUCCAAGGAGUUCUGCAAGAGUUGUUCCAGACGUCAUUCCAUUCAUAAUAAAAAAACAACCUUUGAAAUUUGCAAGAUCUGCAAGCUGGUUUAGUCCUCGUCGAUUUGCAGGAUCUCAGAAGAAUGGUGAUGGUAGCUCAAGCAGUUCAUCCGAAUCAAGUAGCAAUGGAAAUCAAGAUGAUAACGGUGACGGCUCCAAUAAAGAUGAUCCAGAAGUGGUUAUUGAGGAUAAGGCAGGAACAAGCCCUGAUCCAACGCAGGGUGUUCUUACACAGAUCCUAGUUCCUGAUGUGUUUCCAGAAGUACCACUCAUCCCAGUUCACAGAAAUCCAGUUUUUCCACGUUUCGUAAAAAUGCUUGAGAUUAGUGAUAAAUCUUUAAUGGAUUUAUUGAGGGUAAAGUGUCGUCUAACCCAACCAUAUGCAGGAGCUUUCUUAAAGAAAGAUGAUAACGAUGAAGCUGAGGUGGUAACCAAACUGGAUGAUGUGUACCAGGUGGGUGCAUUUGUGCAAAUUACAGAAAUGCAUGAUAUGGGACAUAAGAUGAGGAUGGUGAUUCUGGGCCACAGAAGAAUUCAAAUAAUGGGAAUCGUUGAAGAUCCUGCCCAUGUUGAAAAGUCAGUCAAAGAAAAAAAAGAUGCUGUUUCUACUGAAGUGAAGUCUCCAGAAGAAGUUCAAGAUCCAGCACAGAACAUAGUUGAACAGGACAGUGAAUCAGAAAGGAUAGAUUUAGAAAACAUGGUAAAGCAGGGAGAAAAACCAAUAUUGAUGGUUAGAGUGGAGAAUGUAUUACACCAGCCAUUUAAAAUCACACCGGAAGUCAAGGCAUUAUCAGCGGAAAUGAUCAAAACCAUCAAAGAAAUCAUUUCUUUGAACCCACUUUACAAAGAGUUCUUGGCUCAACUCAUAGAAGGUGGAAAGAAAGUUGUUGACAAUCCGGUUCACCUCUCAGAUUUUGGUGCUGCACUAACUAGUGCUGAGUCCAACUUUCUGCAAGAAGUCUUAGAGGAGACAAACAUUCCUCGUAGGCUGAGACUUACCCUUGAAUUACUGAAGAAAGAGUUGGCAGUUUGCCUUCUGCAACAGCAGUUAGGGAAAGAGGUUGAAGAAAAGGUCAACAAGCAUCAAAAGAAGUUCCUCCUUCAAGAGCAGCUGAAAAUCAUCAAAAGAGAACUUGGGCUGGAGAAGGAUGACAAAGAUGCUGUAGGGGAGAAGUUCCGCGAGAGGAUUAAAGAUCUUGUUGUUCCCAAACAUGCCAUGGAAGUGAUUGAAGAAGAGCUAGGAAAGCUGUCGUUUCUUGAUACUCACUCAUCUGAGUUCAACGUAACAAGAAACUACCUCGAUUGGUUGACAAGUGUGCCGUGGGGAAUGUACAGUGAAGAAAACAUGGAUAUAAAACGAGCAAGAGAGGUUCUGGAUGAGGAUCAUUAUGGACUUCAGGAUAUCAAGGACAGGAUUUUGGAAUUUAUAGCUGUUAGUCAGUUGAAUGGCAGUGUUCAGGGAAAGAUACUAUGCUUCACUGGUCCUCCAGGUGUUGGUAAGACAAGUAUUGCAAAGUCUAUAGCACGUGCCUUGAACAGACAGUAUUUCCGCUUUAGUGUCGGCGGCAUGACAGAUGUAGCUGAAAUCAAAGGGCACAGGCGAACAUAUAUUGGAGCCAUGCCAGGAAAAAUUAUUCAGUGUUUAAAGAAGACCAAGACAGAAAAUCCACUAAUUCUCAUAGACGAGGUUGACAAGAUGGGGCGUGGAAUACAGGGUGACCCAGCGUCAGCCUUGUUGGAGCUGCUUGACCCUGAACAGAACUCAGGAUUCUUGGACCAUUAUCUUGAUGUGCCAGUGGACUUGUCGAAGGUUCUCUUUAUCUGCACAGCCAAUGUUACCGACACAAUACCUGGACCUUUGAAAGACAGGAUGGAGAUCAUCCAUGUAUCGGGCUACGUAGAAGAUGAGAAAAAAUCUAUUGCUAAGACGUAUCUGAUUCCCCAAGCCAGAAAUAAGACAGGAAUCAAAGUAGAACAAGUGGAACUACAAGAUGAUGCACUAGAGACUCUUAUCAAAUCCUACUGUAGAGAAAGUGGGGUUAGGAACUUACAAAAACACAUUGAAAAGAUCUUUCGUAAAGCUGCACUCAAGAUAGUCCAGGACAAGGAUGACUUGAUUAAGAUUGGUCCAGACAUGCUUAAGGAUUAUGUUGGCAAUCCAGUGUUCAACUCAGAUCGUAUGUACGAUGAAACCCCGCCAGGGGUAGUGAUGGGCCUGGCCUGGACAUCUAUGGGUGGUUCAACUCUCUACAUCGAGACGUCGCUCUCCGAGAGCCUUGGUGCUGACAAAGAUGGAGCAGGUUCAAUGAGUGUCACUGGACAGCUUGGCGACGUGAUGAAGGAGAGCACACAGAUUGCUUACACAUUUGCUAAAGGCUUCCUGGCCAAUCUUGAUGCCGAUCAAGACUUCUUUAGAAAAGCAAAGAUUCACCUUCAUGUACCAGAGGGAGCAACACCCAAAGAUGGACCAUCUGCAGGCUGCACAAUCAUCUCAGCUCUCUUAUCCCUGGCCAUGAAUAAACCAGUAAGGCAAAAUAUAGCCAUGACAGGAGAGGUGUCUCUGACAGGGAAGAUAUUACCAGUUGGAGGAAUUAAAGAAAAAAUUAUUGCAGCAAGGCGAGCUAAAGUCAACUGUAUUAUCCUGCCUGAGGGGAAUAAAAAAGAUUUUGCCGACCUGCCAGAUUUCGUAAAGGAAGGAUUGGAAGUUCACUUCGUCCCUCAUUAUAAUGAUGUUUAUAAAUUUGCUUUUGAGUCGUAACACUUACUAGGUAAAAGUUAGGAUAGGUUUAAAAGUUGCUAGGAAAUUAUAUUUAUACAAUGGCUUAGAUUUUCAGUCACUGAAAUUUGAGAAGUAUAACUUUUUUACAGUGCUUUUCAAUCACAUAAGUAUGAUGGUAAAAUCAUUCAGUUUGCUGUAUCAACAAAAUAGGGAUUUAGUGGACAUCAAUCAAAGUGUUUCCAUGAUGAUGUCUGGAAACAGAAAGUUGCAAAGAGCAUAUGCCUAUGGAAUGUCAUGAAAAUGCUUUGAUUUCUAUCUUCCAACCCUACUGAGUGAUGACACCAAUAGUUGUUAUUGCAGUUGAGCCGGUAAUUAGACUCUUCCACAGUCUCUCGCUUGUCCGUUCCGUCUCCACGCUUAGAGACUGUAACAGUACAAUGACUGAAAGGACUUAUGGGUCCCGAAAACUUGUACCCAGCGUGCUUUGG